AUGAAGGUUAAUAACAUUGUACCCACACUAUUUUCUGCAGCUGCUUUGACUUCUCUUGGUCAAGCUGCAAGCUCAAAUACUACUAUACCGGAUUGUGGUGGUUAUACAAAGUUGUAUGGUAAUGAUUCAUCUAUCGUCUCUAGCAUUAUCUUUAACGAGACAUUCAGAAAUGAGACUAAGAACAAGUUGGUAAAUGCAGUUAAAAUCCCAACCAUAACCGAGGCUGACUUCCCGGAUCCUGCUGAUGAGCCUGAUUUCGAAGGUUGGCAGGUUUUUAAGAAAUUCCAUCAACAGUUGGAAAAAGAUUUCCCAAAAGUUUGGUCAAACUUGAACGUUGAAACUGUCAACGAAUUCUCGCUAAUUAUUACUUGGAAUGGUACAGAUGAGUCUUUAAAGCCGAACGUUUUCUCCGCUCAUCAAGAUGUUGUCCCAAUUGAUAACUACACAUUGGCUGCCUGGGAACAUGAACCUUUCUCCGGAUAUUGGGAUGGUACCUACGUAUGGGGUCGUGGUUCCUUUGAUGAUAAAAAUAUGUUGAUCAGUAUGCUACAAAGUAUGGAAUAUAUCUUGGAAAACGAACCAGAAUUCAACCCGAACAGAACCGUCAUCUUAGUUAGUGGUUGUGACGAAGAAAUUUCAGGCUAUUACGGUGCUGCCUACAUAAAUAAAGUAUUAUUAGAAAGAUAUGGUGAAAAUGGUAUUUAUUCCAUUAUCGAUGAAGGUGGUAACGCUAUUACAAAUUUGACUGGUGUCUGGGUUGCUGCUCCAGGUGUUUCUGAAAAAGGUCUAAUGAAUCUUGAAAUUUCAAUAAACGGUACCGGUGGUCAUGCUUCUACUCCUCCAGAUCAUACAAACAUCGGUAUUGCUGCACAAUUGAUUACUACUAUUGAAGAUAAUAAAUUUCCAGUGCAAUACACAAACGAAAAUCCUAUCAGUCAAUUCUUCACAUGUAUUAUCGAUAAAUCACCUCUGAUUCCAAAGACUAUCAAGCAAACUUUUGCUAACGCUUUUACUAAUGAUACUGCUAACGAGGCUGCUAUAUCUUUCAUUCAAUCUUUUGGUGGUGAAUAUGGUGAAUAUUUCAUCAGAGGUUCUCAAGCCGUUGAUGUAAUUGAUGCUGGUAACGGUGACAAUCAAUUACCAACUUUCACUUCUUUAACCAUCAACUCCAGGAUCGCUCCUGAAUCUAAUUCCAUGGAACAAAUCAUCAAAUUUGGUGCCAAUGCUGCUUCUGUUGCUUUAAAGAAUGGUUUAGGAUUGGUUAUUCAAAAUAAUACCCGAAUUCCAUGCACAAGAAAAGGUUGUAUUGUUGUUGAUGUUACCUCUAUUUUUGAACCAUCUCCGGUCUCUCCAACAAAUGAUGUAUGGGAUCAAUUAGCUGGUACCAUUAGAGGUUAUUUUGAAGAUGUUGUUUUCCCACAUGUAUUCGGUGAAGACAAGAAUACUACAUUAUACGUUGCACCAUCUCUUAUGACAGCGAACUCUGAUUCUAAACAUUACUGGAAUUUGACAGAAAAUAUCUACCGUUACCAACCAGGUUUUGCGAACUUCAACUUAACUGGUUUACUUCACGCUGCCGAUGAACAUAUUGACUUAGACACUGUUAUGCAUGCUGUCGGUUUCUUUUAUGAAUACAUUCAUAUUCUAAGUCAAUAG